AUGGCCUCGUUUCCUGAGCUAGUGACUUGCGAAAUGAUACAGAUGACAUCUCCAGAGGGCAUGCUAUCGAUCGCAGUGGCCGCAGUAGAAAGCAACGCGAAGGUGAAGGGCUUGUCGAACUUUCAGCCUUUCCAAGAGCGACCUCUUAGUCUGCUAUCGUCUGGAGAUCGGAAAGUCACUGACAAUGCUCGCUGUAUGCGAUAUAUUGAACUGAAACUCGACGGCAUGCAUAGAGAUUCUAGGCCUAUACAUGGAUACGGAAAUGCGGGGAGCAUAGGCUACGGAACUGGUUUUGAUAACUACCCCAUCUUUGAAGUGCCGAGCCGAAGAAAUGGGGCCACAUCUUGCUAA